AUGAGAGCCCCCGUUAGUGUAGAGGAACGAGUUGGACUGGCUUUGUGGCGUAUCACUAUUGGCAAUUCCUUCAGGAGUUGUGGCUUGCAAUUUGGUUAUGGCAAAUCGACCGCUAAAUUUAUCUGCGAAAAAUUUGAGAAAGCACCCUGCCGAUGAAAAUAGCAGUUCAUACAAUUCCCAGUCAUUAGAGAAGAAAUCCAAUAUGUCAUUAACGACUUCGAAGUAUGGCAUACCCCAAAUUGUUGGUGUAAUCGACGGCUGCCAUAUCGAAAUAAACGGUCCAUCGAGGAAUCACGACGAUUACUUCAAUCGUAAACAUCACUACAGCGUGGUGUUGCAGGGUAUAGUUAACUGUGACUUAAAAUUUUUUUCAUGCAUCUGUCGGUUACCCAUGAGGUAUCCAUGA